CUUUGUCCUUACAGGCCAGGAAGGGGGUCCAGAGUCCGGGUUUGACUCAUCUCCCACCUCUCCAAGGCUGAGAUUCCAGCUCUGCAACAGAAAACACUGCAGCCCCAGUACAGCAGGAGUCACAGAGAGGAAGCUUUCCUACUGCCUCCCUCUGCCAUGGAUUACCUCCCGUUCUUGAAACCUAAAGACCUGCUCAGGUCAGUAUCCAACGUGAGCUCUGAGUUUGGCAGAAGAGUUUGGACCUCAGCUCCACCACCUCAGCGACCCUUCCGCGUCUGUGAUCACAGGCGGACAACCCGGAAAGGCCUGACAGCUGCCAGCCACCAGGAACUGCUAGAUAAGGCACUGGAGACCCUGUCGCUAAGUGGAGUGCCGACACUGGUACUAGAGGAGGAUGGGACUACUGUGGAGAGUGAGGACUUCUUCCAGCUGUUGGAGGAUGACACAUGCCUGAUGGUACUGGAGCCAGGGCAGAGCUGGCACUCCGCCAGGAGUGGGAUGCUGUCAUACGGCCUCGGCCGAGAGAAGCCAAAGCACAGUAAGGACAUUGCCCGCAUCACCUUUGAUGUGUACAAGCAAAAUCCUCGAGACCUCUUCGGCAGCUUAAACAUCAAAGCAACGUUCUACGGGCUCUACUCUAUGAGUUGUGACUUUCAAGGAGUGGGUCCAAAAAAAGUACUCAGGGAGCUCCUCCGUUGGAUCUCCAAGCUGCUGCAAGGCCUUGGCCAUAUACUGCUGGGAAUUUCCUCCACCCUUCACCAUGUAGUGGAGGGGGCUGAGCGUUGGCAACGUCAGGGUCGCCUCCAUUCCUACUGAGGAGGCCUGAGCUUU